AUGGCUGACGAUAUCUCAAAAUCAAGUAAUCAAAGGUCUCCAUUAACAACCAACUAUCUUCGAUCAGAAAAAAUAAAUGUAAAUGAUAACAAUGAGGAGCCUUUUUAUAAUGCCAGUAAUCGUUUUACCAAUCAAAGCUAUUUUAACAAAAACUUAGAUAUAGUUUAUGAGAAUCCAAAUUUAAAUAUUCAAAAUGGUACUGAAAAGAAAGAUUAUUCUAGUCGACGUACUUAUUUUGAAGAUAAGGCAGCUAAGCAAGCCUUGUCUGAUUCAGUUAGGAGAGAAGCAUACGGUAAGGAUAAGCCGCAAAUAUUCAAUAAUCUAAUAAUAUACGUCAACGGUUAUACAAAUCCAGACAGGUCUACACUGCAUGAUAUGGUGGUUCUUCAUGGUGGACAUUUCAGUCAUUAUCUUACCGCAAAGAGUAAGGUUACCCAUAUAGUGGCUGAAAAUUUAUCGCUAAAAAAAAGGAUAGAAUUUGCUUCAUAUAAGGUAGUCUUACCCAAAUGGCUAGUGUCAUCUGUACAGGCAGGUAAGUUGCUUCCUUGGCAAGAGUUUUCGCUUCUUCGUACAAAUACUAUUGGUCAAACUACUUUGGACAUUAAUAGACUAAAAAAACAGCCACAGAUCACAAAUUGUAAUGAUCCAGAUUUUAUUCAGAACUUUUUUGCUAAUUCUAGAUUACACCACUUAUCAACAUGGAAGAUGGAAUUACGCCAACAGUUUUUAGAUUCAUUUAACCCUGUAAUGAUCCCUAAAACAGGAGAGCAGCUCACUAUCUUUCAUGUCGAUUUUGAUUGUUUUUUUGCAACAGUUGCGGCCCUAAGUUCUACAACCAUUAAAUGUGAUCUUAAUAAAGAACCAAUUGUAGUAUGUCAUGGUUCAAAAAGCUCUGAUAUUGCCAGUUGUAAUUAUAUUGCAAGACAAUAUGGUAUUAAAAAUGGAAUGUGGGUUUCACAGGCUCAAAAGUUAUGUCCAAAAGGUGUUAAGUUGGUUUGUUUACCUUAUGAAUUUGACAAGAUAAAGGAAAAAUCCAGUAUAUUUUAUAAAACUUUACAAAAUCUGAAUAUGUUUAAUAUGAUUUUACCUAUUUCAAUAGAUGAGGCGGUAUGCAUUCUAAUACGAACAUCCUUGAAUAAUCAUAACGAUGAAUUAAUAUGUGAAAGAAUAAGAGAAGCUGUAUUUCGAGAUACUGAAGGUUGCACUGUCAGUGUUGGUUGUGCUGAUACAUUAAUACUAGCAAGGCUAUCUCUGAAGCUUGCUAAGCCAAAUGGCUAUUUUACCUGUAUGAAAUACAUGAAGGAUUCCCCUCUAUUUUGGGAAAACUUUAAAAAUGAUGAUUUACCUGGUAUAGGUCGCCAGCUAGUCAGUAAGUUGAAUACUUAUUACCCUCGUUGUAAUAAUUUGUGGCAGUUAAGAAAUGAUGCGAGUAUAGAAUCAUUGAAAGCAUUAUUAGGAAAUAAGUUGGGUUCUAAAGUAUAUAAUCAGUUGAGAGGAAAAGAUGAUGAUGAAGCUGCAAAAUUGAUACAUGAUCCUAUUAGUACUUUUGAAAGAAAAUCGUUGUCUAUUGAUAUCAACUGGGGUAUUCGAUUUUCUAAAAUUGAACAAGUAGAUACAUAUUUAGAGCGAUGUGUUGAAUAUUUAAUUGCAAAACUUAAAGAAAUGAAGAAGAAUACGUCACAAGUAACAUUAAAGGUUAUGAAAAGGGCUAAGGAUGCCCCCAUUGAACCAGCAAAAUACCUAGGAAUGGGCCAAUGUGAUUCUUUUAGCCGUACCAAUAGAUUAGGUAUUCCUUCUUCGCUUCAGGGUUUGAUUACGACAGAACUCCGAAAUAUGUUCAGAUCAUUGUCAUGUCCACCUGCCGAAGUAAGAGGAAUAGCUGUACAUUUUACAAAGCUAGUAGAUGUUGCAAAAUAUAGACAGAAAAGACUACCAUUCCAGAAAAAUAUUAUACUAAAUAUUAAUGAAACAAACAAGAUCAAUUCACCAGUAACACCUUUUAAAGAUGUGGUACCAGAUAUUAACGUUACAACUCCAAACAGAGAUAAUGGUGGAAAUUUGCAAACUGGUAUUCCUAAAAGGCCUGUUAAGCGUGUAUUGUUUCGAGAGGAACAUAAUAAUAUCUCACAUAAAUCGUCGCCAGAUGAGUAUCAUUCAGAUUUAGAAAGUCCAAGAAAAAAAAUGCAAAAAAUGCUAGAUAGAACUGAAUCUUCUGUAAGUAAGCGACCCUCCAUCGUUAACUCACCAUUAAGAGAAAUAGAUACCAGAUACUCUCCUAGCAAAGAAGAAUCAUCAUUUCUUUCCGAUUUUCCAACAAGGACAGCAAAGGAAGACAUUGCUUAUGAUACUACUCAGAAUUCUGGCGAAGAAUAUGGGAAUGGCGGGAGCUUUAAUAAUAAUGUGGCCAAUGUUAAUAUUGAGAAAAAUAUUUAUGAGCACAAUAAUAAGAGAUUAUUAGGAUUAAGCAAUGGUGAUAGUAUAAGGGAUAAAAUUGAAUCUGAUGAGCUUUCUAGCCAAGAUACUGGAGGUCUUACGGAAAAUGAUCCGAAGAUAUUCACUUAUGGGGGUUUAGUCAACCAUGAUGAUGAAAGUAAUUUUAAAAUAAUGUUUCAAGGUAUUAGUGGUACUGAGGAAAUUAUGGACAGCUAUGAAAAUUGGAUAUACUCUACACUACAUGACAUACCGCCGAGUGACAGAGAUUUAAUCAUUCUUGAGGAUUUUAUUUGGUCUCUUUUAAGAACUGGGAGCAUUCAUACUGUUAUUCGAAUGACUCAGCGCUUAUCUUCUAUUCUACGAAAUUUUUCCUUAAUUAAUAAAAAGAAUUAUAAUGGAAAUCAAAAAUGGGAAGUAGUGCUGAUAAGAAAAUUAAUCCAUAUAUUAAACAUGCAUAGCAAUUGGGAUGAUGAAAAGUUGCCUACCGAUUUCCCCAUUAAAUAUUAA